GAAGUACAUCCCUUUUUAAAGAGUAUUGUUGUGGUAAUGUAAGGAUAAAAUAUCUUUCCUCAUCAUUGGACUAAAAGUUUGAGAAGAAAAUGUUCUUUAUUAUCAUCUAAAAGAUUUUUUGAAAUUAUGAAGGAGAAAAUCUUUCUUAUCAUCAUCUGAACAAAGGUUGAGACUCUGAAAGCUUCAUGUAUUAAAGCAUACUUUUCAUCUGAAAAAGGAGUAACUGAGAAGGAUAAUAUCUUCUUGAUAAGAGUGAGAAUUGGCUUCAAUCAGCUGAACGAGAGGUUGAGAAGAGAAGGAAAAGUCGAAGACUUCUCUCAUAAUCUGAAGGAAAGAUUAAGGAGGUCAUAAGUUCUUCUUCAGCUGUACACAUCCCGAAGAGACUCUAAGAUGAGCGAGAGAAACUUCCGAUCUCAUUACUAUGAGAAGGUUGGAUUCAGAGGGGUGGAGGAGAAGAAGUCUCUGGAGAUUCUCCUCAGUGAAGACCCUGUCGACAUUGACAAGCUGAGUACAUUCUGUGCAAGGUUCUCAGUACCGGCCAUGUUCAGGCCUCUCGUCUGGAAAUUAAUCUUAGGUAUUUUACCUCCCCACCCAAGCAUCCAUGAAUUUGUCUGGCAGCAGCGGACGGAACAGUUCAAUGACCUUCAUCGGGCGCUAAAGGUCAUGUCGGCAAUCAAUGAAGAGACUCCCAUGAGCCUCUGCUUCCUUAAGAUGUUCUUAUUGGAGGAAGGGAGGCUCCCCCUCGAGGAAGAGAAACUUCCUGAAACUGAUGAGCAUGAUCUGUUCGUCGCCAUAGCAACCGCAUCAAUUGAGAUGAACGAUGAAGAUGACUUAGAAUCCUACUGGACGGCUGUGUGCGUCUUCAGAAAUGGCCGCAAGAUGAAAGAUCAGAUAAGGAUGAUGUACACUCAAGGCAUUCUAAAGAAGGAGGACCCAGCCCUGUACAACCAUCUUCUAACCAUCAACAGCCUGGAGAGACUGCCUUACACUUCCUGGUUCAACGCACUCUUUGCUGGGGUACUUCCAACCGAUGCUCUCAAGCGUGUUUGGGACAGAGUGCUUGGAGGAGCUAGUCGAGUUCUGAUCUACGUGGCUCUUACACAGCUCUUAACACAUCGCCAUACUCUAAUGGGCAUUGGAACCCCGGAUCUUGUAUCCCAGUAUUUACAGAAGAUGCCGUUAGACAUGCAGAAGUCCUCGUCAACGAAGCCAUUGAAUUCUGGGAAAAGGAUGGGAGUCACCUGAGACCCGAGCAGUCAGUCACAUGAUCAUCACAUGAUCAUCACAUGGUCAUCACAUGACCAUGGACUGAAUCAGAAGGAUGCCAAUGUACACAAGCUUACAUUAAUAUGUGGUCGGACUAAAGCACAUGAUGUUUAGUACCCAGAAUCCCCUAUGGGUGGUCUACUCUUACAGACUCAAAUUGGACACUUGAUCACAAUAGACAGGAUUAAUAUUUUAAUUCAGUAAUGAUUUUCCUUGGAAUAAGUGUGUGUUCCAUUAACCCAUUAUAUAUGAAUGAGCUACAAUACUCUGAAGCCAGUCUGCAUGCCUUACCAGUUGUUUCGUCAGGCAAGCCUCAGGCAAGCUAACAGGUUGUCAAGAGCAACCUUUGUUUCAAAAGUAUGCAUACAAUUUGAAUACGUUUUACUAGUAAGCCUGUCUAUUGCAUGAAGCCUUGAGCAGAGUCCCACUGUGUAAGCCUCUGGAUGUGUCAGAUACAAGUACAAAACCAAUGGGGUGCAGUGGACAAUCCGGGCAGCAUAGUCUCACAGUCCAGCCACUUUUACGCUCUAUAGCUGGCAAGGGUGUGUGCCUGCAAACUGCUGACCACCAUUGUAGUGAGCAAGCACAUACAGUGUACCUUUUUGCAAAGACUGUACAUUUUGGAAAUGUGAAUGAUUUUUAAUUGUAUGGCCAUCAAUAGAAAGAGGUUAUUGCAAACGUUAUUCUAUUUGCAUUCCCUAAAAUCCUACCAAAGAAAAGUUGGAUGAAGAAAGGUUGGAUUAAUCAUUUGAACAAACUUUUAUUUUUUGUUUACACUGUAUUAUAUAUUGUUAUAAUACUGUAACAAAUUUGCUCACUUCUAAUUAGAAUUCAGUGAUUUCUGUAACUUAUAUUGUUUAGUUCUGUAUAAAACAGUUUCUAUGAGGUAUGCAAUCUAAGGAAGAUAUCUAUAUUUGAGUUGUAACUUCAGAACUGUUUGAAAUAAAUAGAUUGAUCAAUUGAAAAUGUA